CGAGGACCCGCCGACUGAAACCGCGGCUCGACCCCAGACACCGUCGAUUUCUCCCCGUUUUCAACACGACUUCUCCCGAGAGGAAGAUCGAUAUGACGCACGAGCCUCUGAGGCGAGCGGCGCAUUCAACAGUGCGCGGAGCUGCUGAGAGGCUGUGGAACAAGGUGGAGGAGUGAACCAUCCAUCCAUUCAUCCGUUCAUCCACCUGCCAGGACACCACUCCUCCUUCUCCUCCUCCUUCUCCUCCUCUCCCUUAUAACAACCGCACUUUUCACUGUCUCCUCAGCGGGAUCGCGAGUUAUUUUGGAGAAGUUUCUCGGGAAAAUUUUGAUUUUUACGCACAAAUGAGGCAACUCGCUAACGCAGCCAUGGCCGCGCAUCGCGAGGCGCACGACUGAAUCUCCAUUUCACAGGAAGUUAGUUUUUUUCUUUUCAUGACUGUUCGUUUGUGCAUCUGCUGUCGACUCAAAUUGUUUGUCCCAUUCGCUGUGAGUGAAGUCAGAUGAGAGGAGCAGAGGGGCGGGAGACGUUUUUACUCAACAUGGCUGAGCCUCUUGGGCAUCAGGGGGCGCUGGCUGGAGCUCCCCAGGGCGCCUGAAUCCCACUUGAGUUGGUUGUUUUGUGUUUCGGGGUGCGGUGGGUGGUGGUGGGUGGGUGGAGCUGGCAGGUGACCAUCGGGCGAUAAUGCCGAAGAACCGGGAGAGAUUCACGCCGGACCCGUCCAUCCACAUCUCCAAGAUGAGCUUGAUCAUCCCCUUCUCUCCAGAUGUGCCCUGUGACAGCAGCGGCCAGCGGAUGUGGUGGGCUUUCCUCGCCUCAUCCAUGGUCACCUUCUUCGGGGGUCUCUUCAUCAUCCUGCUGUGGAGGACCCUCAAGUACCUGUGGACCGUGUGCUGCCACUGUAAAGCCAAGAAGAAGGAGGUCCAUCGGCUCACCACGGGCGAUGGCAUCAAACGCACCGACAAGGACGACGUGGCAGCCAGUGAGGUGGGCUGGAUGACCUCGGUCAAAGACUGGGCCGGAGUCAUGAUAUCAGCUCAGACGCUGACGGGAAGAGUCCUGGUGGUCCUCGUAUUUGCUCUCAGCAUUGGAGCACUUGUAAUAUACUUCAUAGAUUCCUCUGAUCCCAUCGAGUCCUGUCAGAACUUCUACGAAGACUUCACGCUGCAGAUUGACAUGGCGUUCAACGUGUUUUUCCUGCUGUACUUCGGCCUCCGUUUCAUCGCUGCCAACGACAAGCUGUGGUUCUGGCUGGAGGUGAACUCGGUGGUGGACUUCUUCACGGUCCCUCCGGUGUUCGUGUCGGUGUACCUGAACAGGAGCUGGCUCGGCUUGAGAUUUUUAAGGGCCUUAAGGUUGAUACAGUUCUCAGAAAUUUUACAGUUUUUGAAUAUACUCAAAACGAGCAACUCAAUAAAGCUGGUGAACCUGUGUUCAAUCUUCAUAAGCACAUGGCUAACCGCAGCAGGCUUCAUUCAUCUGGUGGAAAACUCAGGGGAUCCUUGGGAAAACUUCAAAAAUUCCCAGGCUCUCUCCUACUGGGAAUGUGUCUACUUGCUCAUGGUCACUAUGUCCACUGUGGGAUACGGAGACGUUUAUGCAAAAACCACCCUCGGCCGCCUGUUCAUGGUCUUCUUCAUCCUCGGUGGUUUGGCCAUGUUUGCGAGCUACGUCCCUGAAAUCAUAGAGUUAAUAGGAAACCGAAAGAAAUAUGGUGGUUCCUAUAGUGCUGUUAAUGGGAGAAAGCACAUCGUGGUCUGUGGUCAUAUCACACUCGAGAGUGUGUCCAACUUUCUAAAAGACUUCCUACACAAGGACAGGGAUGAUGUCAAUGUAGAAAUAGUUUUUCUCCAUAAUAUUUCCCCUAAUCUUGAGCUGGAAGCCUUGUUCAAGCGUCACUUCACCCAGGUGGAGUUUUACCAAGGGUCAGUCCUAAACCCACACGACUUGGCCAGAGUCAAGAUCGAAUCCGCUGACGCCUGUUUGAUCUUAGCCAACAAAUACUGCGCUGACCCCGAUGCUGAGGAUGCGUCCAACAUCAUGAGGGUUAUUUCCAUCAAGAACUACCAUCCAAAGAUCAGAAUAAUCACUCAGAUGUUGCAGUACCACAAUAAGGCCCACCUGUUGAACAUCCCCAGCUGGACCUGGAAGGAGGGCGAUGACGCCAUUUGCCUCGCAGAGCUGAAACUGGGCUUCAUCGCCCAGAGCUGCCUGGCUCAGGGGCUCUCCACCAUGCUGGCCAACCUGUUCUCCAUGAGGUCCUUCAUCAAGAUUGAGGAGGACACGUGGCAGAAGUAUUACCUGGAGGGAGUGGCUAAUGAGAUGUACACUGAGUACCUGUCGAGUGCCUUCGUGGGCUUGUCUUUCCCUGUCAUUUGCGAGUACGUGCACAGAAACAGCGAUUUUUGGUUUUGUGUUCCCCCAGAUUUUAAUUUAAACCGAGUGGCCUUGAGCAGUAGAGUUUUUAGUUACGUGAAUGUUUUAAAUGACGAGUUCUUCUCACAGGGGAAUCUUGUUUUCUUCCUCAGGGCGUUGUUUUACUGUAAAUCCUGCCAUGAUGACAUAUCUGAUCCCAAAAGAAUAAAGAAAUGUGGAUGCAAGAAAUCCAAGAUGCCCGCCCUCGAGAAAAUAAGACUGGCAUGCUGUUUUGAUUGCGGGCGCUCAGCAGAGCGGGGCUGCUCGUGCAUGCUGAUUAAUGUGCGUAAUAACGUGGACUCCUCUCAACAAGACAUCCCACUCUCUACUGUCUCUGUUAAUGAUUGCUCAACCCCAUUACGUGCCUCGGAAGAGGACCAACUGUCGGCGCUGUCGCCCAAAAAAAAGCAACGAAAUGGAGGCAUGAGGAACUCUCCGAACUCCUCGCCAAAGAUAAUGAGACAUGACCCACUUGUCGUCCCUGGGAACGAGCAGAUUGAGAGCAUGGACGAGAACAUAAAGAAAUACGACUCGACGGGGAUGUUUCACUGGUGCCAGUCCAAAGACAUCGAGAAGGUCAUCUUGACCCGGAGCGAGGCGGCCAUGACAGUUCUGAGUGGUCACGUGGUUGUGUGCAUUUUUGGAGAUGUGAAAUCAGCCUUGAUCGGUCUCAGAAACUUUGUCAUGCCCCUGAGAGCGAGCAACUUUCACUACCACGAGCUGAAGCACAUUGUGUUUGUCGGCUCCCUCGAGUAUCUGAAGCGCGAGUGGGAGACCCUUCACAACUUCCCCAAACUUUCCAUUCUGCCCGGCACACCGUUGAGUCGGGCAGAUCUAAGGGCUGUCAACAUCAACCUCUGUGACAUGUGUGUCAUCCUGUCAGCCAAUCAGAACAAUAUUGACGAUGCAUCACUGCAGGACAAAGAAUGCAUCUUGGCAUCACUCAACAUCAAAUCCAUGCUGUUUGACGACAGCAUCGGGGUCUUGCAGGCUAAUUCCCAAGGCUUCACACCACCGGGGAUGGAUAGAUCGUCUCCUGAAAACAGCCCCGUCCAUGGAUUAGUGAGGCAGACGUCUGUCACCACAGGAGCAAAUAUUCCCAUCAUAACAGAACUAGUGAAUGACUCAAAUGUUCAGUUCCUGGACCAAGAUGAUGACGACGACCCAGACACGGAGUUAUACCUCACUCAGCCAUUUGCCUGUGGGACAGCAUUUGCAGUCAGUGUGCUGGAUUCCUUGAUGAGCGCUACAUACUUCAAUGAUAAUAUCCUCACCUUGAUCCGGACGCUGGUAACAGGCGGGGCAACCCCGGAGCUGGAGGGGCUGCUGGCAGAGGAGAAUGCGCUACGUGGUGGCUACAGCACGCCACAGACCCUGGCGAACAGGGACAGGUGUCGCGUGGCACAGCUGGCCUUGUACGACGGGCCCUUUGCUGACCUGGGGGAUGGAGGUUGUUAUGGCGACCUGUUUUGUAAAGCCCUGAAAACAUACAACAUGCUGUGUUUUGGCAUCUAUCGGUUACGAGACGCACAUUUAAACCUAAACAGCCAAUGCACCAAACGGUAUGUCAUUACCAAUCCACCAUAUGCGUUUGAGCUGGUGUCCUCAGACCUGAUAUUCUGCCUGAUGCAGUUUGACCACAACGCCGGCCAGUCUCGAACCAACCUCUCCCACUCGUCCCAUUCAUCCCAUUCCUCCAGCAAAAAGAGCUCCUCCGUCCACUCGAUCCCUACCAUCAACCGCACCAACCGCGCCAAAAGCAGGGACCAACGGGACAAACAAAAUGCAACAAGGAUGAAUAGAGUGGGCCAAGAAAAGAGACGGUUCACAGAUGAGCCGGAGAAUACCCACCUGAGGACCAUACAGAUCAAGCCUGUGAAUACGCUCACCGUCAACCAAGUCAGUCAGUAUAAAUCCACAAGCAGCUUGAUCCCACCCAUCAGAGAAGCGGAGGACGAGUGCUGAGCUCGGGACCCGCGCUGACACCUGGAUGCAUGUAGGUGUCAGACUUGGAUUCAGGAUCUCCUCUUACCUGCAAACAUGAAGCAUCAGUUGACAUUAGAUGACACGAGCAAUCCAACUUUUUUCAUUCACCUCUGCAGCAAUUAUUAUUAUUAUUAUUAUUAUUAUUGUACAAACAGUCAAACAUGAAAUGUAGAUACAGACAAACGUAGAGAAGCAUCACGACCCCUCAACUAUUAGUUUGCGCAGCUGACAGUCGUGACCAGACUCCAUGACUUUUUUUUUGUUCCAUCUUGGGGAAUGAGGGUCACUCGAAGAGAUCGGCUG